GAUCUUCCUGUUUUGAAACGAGCAGAUAGAUCUAAGUUUCGGUUCUAGACACCUUCUAGUUUUAUGGUUUUCUUCACUUGGGAAGAAAAUAAAUCGACACAAAAUGGCCAGCGUGUCGUACCAUAUUGCAAAUUUAUUGGAGAAGAUGACGUCCACAGACAAGGACUUCCGCUUUAUGGCCACAAAUGAUUUAAUGGCCGAAUUGCAGAAGGAUUCAAUUAAACUAGAUGAUGACAGUGAACGGAAGGUGGUAAAAAUGUUACUUAAACUGUUGGAAGACAAAAAUGGUGAAGUUCAGAACUUGGCUGUAAAAUGUCUUGGUCCUUUAGUGAGCAAAGUGAAGGAAUUUCAAGUAGAGACUAUUGUAGACACACUAUGCAGCAAUAUGUUGUCAGACAAAGAGCAACUUAGAGAUAUCUCUAGCAUAGGCCUUAAGACUGUGAUUACUGAGUUGCCCCCUUCCUCAACCACUUUGGCAGCUAGCAUCUGUAAAAAAAUAACAACUCGUCUCACCAAUGCUAUUUCUAAGCAAGAGGAUGUAUCUGUGCAGCUUGAAGCAUUAGACAUUCUUGGUGAUUUGCUUAGUCGUUUUGGAGGAUUGCUGAUCAGCUUUCACAUCACAAUCAAACAAGCUCUCCUCCCUCAGCUAGCUAGUUCAAGGUUGGCAGUCAGAAAGAGGGCCAUAAUCGCAAUAGGUCAUCUUGUUAUGAGCUGUAGUACAUCUUUGUUUCAUGAGCUUAUUGAAUAUUUGUUGAUUGAACUCACCAAAAACUCAUCAACAUCAACUACACGCACCUAUAUUCAGUGUGUUGGAGCUAUUAGCCGUCAAGCAGGUGGCAGAUUUGGAGAGUAUCUCGACAAGAUGGUGCCACUGAUAGUAAAAUUUUGUAAAACUGAUGAUGAUGAACUGACAGAGUUUUGUCUGCAAGCCUUUGAAUCUUUUGUGCGCAGGUGCCCAAAAGAAGUAUCCAACUUUAUUCCUGAUAUCAUCAGCAUUUGUCUGAAGUAUGUAUGUCAUGAUCCAAACUAUAACUAUGAUGAUGAUGAUGAUGAAGACAUGGACACUGAUGUACAGGAUGAAGAGGAUGAUGAGGAAACUGAAGAUGAGUACAGUGAUGAUGAUGACAUGAGCUGGAAGGUCAGGAGGUCAGCUGCCAAGUGUCUAGAAGCUGUGGUCAGCACUCGACAUGACAUGCUGCCAGAAUUUUAUAAGACAGUGUCCCCUGCUCUCAUAACAAGAUUUAAAGAGCGUGAGGAGAAUGUGAAGUCUGACAUUUUUCAUGCUUACAUUGCUUUGUUGAAACAAACACGCCCUGUGACAGUUGCUGGUGUAGACAACAUUGAAGAAGAGGAAGGACCUCUAAACAUGCUUCAAGCUCAAAUCCCAGACAUAGUUAAAGCAGUCCACCGCCAGCUAAAAGAAAAAAGCAUUAAGACCAGACAGGGCUGCUUCAGCCUCCUCACCGAGCUGGUCCUGGUGUUACCUGGUGCACUGGACCAGCACCUGACCAGCCUGAUGCCUGGGAUCCAGUACUCCCUCGGUGAUAAAAACUCCAGCUCCAACAUGAAAAUUGACACCCUGUCUUUCCUCAACACCUUGCUGAGCAACCACAGCCACCUUGUGUUUCACCCCCACAUCAAGGCCUUGGUACCUCCAAUAGUGAACGCUGUGGGUGAUCCUUUCUACAAGAUAACAUCUGAAGCUCUUCUUGUGACACAACAGUUGGUUAAAGUUUUAAGACCUUUAGAUCAAAAGUCCAACUUUGAUUACCAGCCGUAUGUUAAGAGUUUGUAUGCCUGCACUGUUAAACGUUUGAAAGCUGCUGACAUUGACCAGGAGGUCAAGGAGAGAGCGAUAGCCUGCAUGGGUCAAAUAGUUGCUAAUCUUGGAGAUUGCCUUCAGUCAGAAUUAAAGGAAUGUCUGCCAAUAUUCCUGGAGCGCCUAAAGAAUGAAAUAACUCGACUAACAACUGUUAAAGCAUUAACACUGAUCGCACAAUCUCCAUUAAAUAUUGACAUUCGAUUUAUUCUGGAAGAAGGCUUUCCAAUUUUAGCAUCAUUUUUAAGGAAAAAUCAGCGAGCAUUAAAACUUAGCACUUUACAGUGUCUGGAUGUUGUUGUGAAAAACUAUGGUGUGGCAGUUAAUGCAAAUAUGCUGGCAGAUGUUAUGAAAGAGAUGCCCCCACUUAUCAAUGAAAAUGAUUUGCACAUUUCACAGCUGACCUUGAACCUGCUGACAACUAUCUCUAGGGGUCACAAGCAGUCCAUUUCCAACAUCCAGGCUGAGAUCCUGCCUCAGAUCUUGAUCCUGGUCCAGUCCCCGCUUCUUCAGGGUGGUGCCCUAGGGGCGGUGCUAGAUUUUUUCAAAGCCCUUAUUGCUCUUGGUUUGCCUAAACUUGGAUUCAGGGAUUUGCUGCAGAUGUUGAUACUGCCUGUCUAUGACACAAGACUGACCAGUGGUCCUAUCCACAGACAGGCCUACCACUCCAUUGCAAGAUGUGUUGCAGCUCUAACUGAGAUGAGCCCCAUGGAGGCCUCCAAUGUUGUCUCACAGUUUGUUAGUGACAUCAAAAACCCCAAAUCUACUGAACACAUUGUUUUAUUCUCCUUGUUGGCCCUGGGAGAAAUUGGGAAAAAUAUUGAUCUUAGUCCUCAUGGUGACAUACAAAAUGUGAUUUUGGAAUGUUUCUCAUCCCCUAAUGAAGAAGUGAAAUCUGCCGCAUCCUAUGCUCUUGGUAAUGUGAGUGUUGGAAACCUUCCCAAGUUUUUACCUUUUGUCUUGCAAGAAAUUGAGGGCCAGCCAAAAAGACAAUAUUUGUUACUUCAUUCUCUUAAAGAAAUAAUUAAUUGUGAAUCCAGUUCUCAAUCUGGCCUUGAGAUCCUUAAAUCUUAUGUAAAAACUAUUUGGACCAUGUUGUUCCACAACUGCGAGUGUCCAGAGGAAGGUACAAGAAACGUGGUCUCUGAAUGUAUGGGUAAACUGACAUUGGUCGACCCCCAUAAUCUGAUUGGUAGUUUACAACAGCAUUUAAAUGAUGCUUCACCACUAGCUCGCAGCACGGUAGUUACAGCCAUAAAGUUUACAAUAUCUGAUCAGCCACAACCCAUUGAUCCACUUCUAAAAAUGUGCAUUGGUGAUUUCUUGCGCACACUUCAAGAUGAAGACCUUACAGUUCGUCGAGUAGCGUUGGUGACAUUCAACUCAGCUGCACAUAACAAGCCAUCCCUCAUUAGAGAUUUGCUAGAGACAGUUUUACCCCACUUGUACAACGAAACCAAAGUUAGGAAAGAGCUUAUUCGAGAAGUAGAGAUGGGUCCUUUUAAACACACCCUUGAUGAUGGUUUGGACAUUAGAAAGGCUGCCUUUGAGUGUAUGUACACCUUACUGGAUUCAUGCUUAGAUCGCCUGGACAUCUUUGAGUUCUUGAAUCAUGUGGAGGAUGGUUUGAAAGACCAUUAUGAUAUCAAGAUGCUGACUUACUUAAUGCUUGUCAGGCUAUCACAUCUUUGUCCAUCAGCGGUUUUACAGAGACUAGAUCGUUUAGUUGAGCCAAUUAGAGCGACAUGCACCACUAAAGUAAAAGCCCACUCAGUCAAGCAAGAAUAUGAGAAGCAGGAAGAGCUGAAACGGUCUGCAUUAAGAGCUGUUGUUGCCUUACUAAAUAUUGCAGAUGCUGACAAGAGUCCUCAAAUGAAUGACUUCAUGAGCCAUAUCAAGGCAACACCCGAGCUAGCCGCCAUGUACGAGGCCAUUCAGAAAGAUGCCAUGUCUACUGGGCAGGAAAUAAUGGCCAUGGAUACCAGCUAGAAUAAAUGGUUAAAAGCAAAUAAUGUACGAUUUUAAAAAUUGUGUACUAUUUAAAUAUAUUCCUGCUAUAACUACAUUGCUAACAUCUCUAGAAAAAAAAAAAUUCCUAUGGUGUUAAUUUUUAGUGGUCAAUCCAAUAAGGUACCGCCGCUUAAACUGUACACCUAAAAGAUGAUUUAGAAUCAGCUUUGUUUGUUACGUCCCAUUUCACAUUGCCGCUCAUGUAAAGAACCAUUCUUAAUCCCAGUUCUCAAUUAAGUAAAAACAAGCUCAUGUUAAAGUAAAUAAGCAAUUAACUAAUUCAUUUUUUAAAAAUUAGUUUGUCAGCCUGUUUAAUACUAUAUAUAUUUAAUAUGACAGCAGAUUCUGUUUGUUCUACUCAAUGGAGCCUAAUUUUACUAACUUAAAAAACAGAACUAAUGAUACAUAAUUUUAUUACUGUUUUUUUAAAACAAUUCCUUACAUAGUCUAUGGUUUUAUGAUAAAUCAUUCAAGCAUCUUUACUUAUUAAAGGGCUAUAUGUAAUAGUAUAAGUUACUUAAAAACGUGACCGACCAGAAAAAUAAUUAGUUAAAAAAAAUUCAGUUUAUUAUUGUGUUAAUAAGAUUUCUUUUUGUCCUAAGGCAUUACCUAAUUAUUUUUUUAAAGACUUUGAUGUUUCUUGAAUUUCACUGACAAGGAUCAGACUACUUGUUUUUAAAAAAAAAAACAUUUGUGUGGUGUAGUGUGUGCAUAACUGAGCUUUGUUGCUAGUUUUUUGCCUGAUGGGUUUCUGUUUUAUGUUAGUAUACUGAUAUGGGUUUGAUUUAUUCAGAGAGCUCACCAUUGUACUAAAGAAAUUGAUCGUUGUCUUUAUUGAUUCAAGUGUUUAUUAAAAUAGGUUCUUUUUUUUU